AUAUCUUUAAGGAAUUGAAUAAAAAAAUCAGCGAACAAACCUUCAUCACCGGAGGGGAAAAACGAAGAACAAAAUCGAAUUACCAGAGAAUUAAAUCUGAACAAGAAACCAGAAAUGGGUGAAGAAGGCAAUCCAACGUCAUCACUCCCUGAUACUCCCUUCUUUGGCCUCCUCUCUAAUCUCUUGCAACAGGUUGAAUCGUUGACUAAUCAAGAAGAAGUUGAACUGCGUGCUAAAAUCAAAGCUCUCGGGUUAGAAGUUACCAAAAUUCCUUCAAAAUCUACACCGAUUCUUGACGAGCUAGAACUAGCUUCGGAGUUGGAUAAAUUAUCUGCAAAGCUAGACGAUGUGGAUGAGAUGAUAUCGUCAGCCAUAGCCGCUGAUCCACAAGUGAAAUCGCUGUUGAGUAGUACUGCCGAUGUAUGGAUGCCAGUUAUCACUGCAACUUCCGAUGAACGACAGAAUUUUGUAGCAUCGGCCGUUCACAACGAUCAAGUGGAAGAAAAGUCUUCCAAUUAGCCAUAAUAGUUUGUUUCUGGAUAUAAAUAUAUCGUAUCUAUUCAAUUGAACCAUUCAAAAAUAAGUCCCUCGAUGUCAUCGUUGUGACCCGGAUCUGGUUUCGUGUGUCGGAUUACAUUUAACGAUCAAUAUCCAUGUUGGUGUUGCAAUGAUUGUAAGAUGUCCAUAAGAAUUUAUAAAAGCAUAAUUUAUACGUUGAGA